AUGGCAUCCACGAUCAUCCUCAAUACCGGUAAUAUCAGCAGCACCAACUUUGGCACCGGCUUCGCAACAUCAAAGGUGCUCGCCUGCGCUUCGGAAACCUACCACGUCAUCAUGGCCAGCCGAUCAGAAGAGAAAGCCAAAGCCGCACUAGCCAAGAUCGAGGCUCUGAAUCCCAAGGGAUCCCUCUCAACCUUACUUCUUGACGUUACCGAUGAACAGUCAGCCAAAGCCGCCGCAGUCCAUGUAUAG